GACAAGGAGCUUCAAUAUUUUCGACUUCGAUUCUCUCACCCUGCCCCUGGCGAUAUUUGCGCUGUUACGAGAUUCUUGAGACGAGAAACGAGUUCCUUUGACUUUAAAUUCUUUUGGCGUCUUUUAUAUGCUGCGGUGAUAUUCGAAAAAUACCUUAUCACUCGAAAACAAAUCCGCGUGGCAUACUUGAACUUCAGCAAUUGUCAAUAACUAAUAUCCGCUCUUGCUGAAUUUCUCUCUUUACUUUGGCACGAUAAGGAGUUUGGACGUUACGAAAUAUAAAAUAUUCAAUCAAAAUGCCUACUAUGUGGCUUUCGGAAACCCAGAAGGUCGGAGCCGUCUUCUGUACCGGUGGGGGCUUGUUUCUAUUCGGCGGAGUAUUGAUGUUUUUUGAUCGCUCAAUGCUUGCGAUGGGAAAUAUCCUCUUCCUCAUCGGCCUCACCCUGAUCAUCGGUGUCCAGAAAACACUCGCGUUUUUCUCCCGACCCCAGAAAAUUAAAGGCACAGCUGCAUUCGCCGCGGGCAUCAUACUUAUUCUGUUCAAAUGGGCCUUUGUUGGUUUCUUUGUCGAGCUUUACGGUAUUCUGAUCCUGUUCGGAGACUUUUUGGUCACAAUCGGCCAGUUUGCGGCUAAUAUACCUGUUGUUGGCCCAUAUAUUCAGCAGGCUUUGAAUACGCUGGCGGGGCAGAGAAGAAAUGCCGAGUUGCCAGUGUGAAGAAGCCUUGUAUAGAUUAUGCCUUCUUUUUUAUGAGGUGUAUGGCUUGUCUGGGUAUACCGCUUGUAAUGAUAGUUCGUCAACAGCUGCGAUUUAUAUUUUAAUUAUAUAUAACAUAAGUCAAAUUAAUAUUGCUAUUCAAUCAUG